AUGUAUGGAAGAAAGCGAAAGCCUCCCACACAUAAGGAGUGUGCUUUUCAAACGAUGCUCAAAAUGCGGUACGCUGCUGGAGCCAUAUUCGUAAGCAAAAUGUUUGACCAGAUAUGUCCUAAUGAAUUGAAACACUCACUGGAGAUGAUACUGUUACAGGCAUCGAAGAACUCAGUUCUCGACAUGGUGAAGGAUUUGCGAGAAGCAUUCGAGGAAAUGCUUAUCGCGAAUGAUUGGAUGGACGAGACCACAAAAAAG